ACGCCAUCUUUUGUAUUCCAAGUCCCAGUCGACCUUCGAUCUCAACAAUAGUGCGACGUCUUUCGAGUGCGUUUGGCAUCUACUGAACGCGAUCUACGCCGAUCUGCAUCGAAGCGCGAUCCUCUGUGUGUUGUGUUGUGAAAGAUUAUUUUUAUCCUUUUGGUCGUGUGCAGUCUCUCUCGCGUCAAUACUUGCGCGCGCUCUGUUUAUUGAUUGUGAGUCGUUCGGAGCGAAUACACGAUGGUCAAGAAGUCGGGCGUGGGAGGUUUUGUGCUGUGCUGUCUACUGGCGGUGGUCAUUCGGGAUGUCCACGGGACGACCUUGUAUCCCGCUGACAAGUUGUCCAUCCUGGAAGGGGCCGGAUUUCUGGUGUAUCUCGUUCCGGAUCGUGCCGUUAGAGAUUCCAUGGGCGGCGUGAUCCGGUGUUCGUUGACUUUGGGAGAUGAAUCUUACAGUUUGGAAAGUGAAAAAGUACACACGAUCGGCCAGGAUACCACGGUUCAACGGUUCAGCGCAGAUGUGUGUGGAAUUAGGGUACACAAUGUACGGGCUUCUUUGGGGACCGAUUGGACGUUAAAGGACUUGGAUGAGAGGCUCAACGAGGUUAAUCAUACGUUUACCUUGACGGUGAUCAAGCAAAAGCAGAAUCCGGAGAUCAACAUCGCAGUCAGUGACACCGCUAGCUCGUUCACGGUGACCUGUCCGGAGGACUCUUCCCGGCGUUACUGCCGCAUCCUGGACGAGGCCGACAACAUAUACGACGGAUGUUCGCGAUCUUUCGAUAUUACUUGGGACCAGGCCCGAUACCGCUGUCGGCUGCUCUACUGGGGCGACAUGGACGAAACCGAAACGGUGAUUAAUGUGCGGGUGGAAAGAAACAAGCGCGCCGUAACUUGGUCGACGGAGGAAAACGAGAAACAUGUGGUACUAAACUGUCACUACAACAGCCGGAUAAGUCCGUGCCGGGCGGUUUCUGUGGCCAGCCAGCGGCAGAUGAUGCUUCUCGAUGGGCACCUGGCCAAUCGCUACUCGGCGUACAAUACCAUGGUAUCGGAGGGAAUCUGCGCGCUGGAAAUUCAGAAACCCUUGAUCAAAGACGAUCGCGGCCUGUGGCGAAUCUACCUGGAAUUGUCCGGCAACGAUUAUACGGGUUGUGUGUUCGACUUGUCCGAUCCUGGUACAGAAGUAGGGUACACUGCUCAAGUCAAACCGCAACUCAUCGAGGUCUUCCAUGAUCCGAGGUCAUCGAUCACAACGACAACCGAACUGGAAUGUGAGUCACCCUACCCUCUCUCCUAUUGCUACCUAUCCGGACCGCAAGGAGGAGACUUUAAACCAGAAAAGUUCGAUCAUCUCGGCACCCUCGGAAUUUGCCGCUUCAAGGUUUCAAACAUCACCACCGGCAAAUGGGCAUGUGGACGGAACGAUAACAGCGGUGGUGAAGAUCGCUUCACCUACUACGACGUGAAAGUGUACGAUCAACCUGCCCGUGCCAUCACUCCCCAGAUAACGGCCAGUACAGGAGAUGAAAAUCGCGACCUCCUGUGCAAAACGAUCCUCGACCUGCCGAUCGAGAUUUGCCGGUUCAUAAGCCCAACCGGAGAGGUUCAUGGCCUGUCGGAAAAUAUCGUCCCAGCGCCGGAUUCACGGUUCAAGUACCACGGUAAGGGAUUGCGCGAUGGCGAAUGUGGUAUGCAGAUCAUGCAGUUGAAGCGCGAGGAUUUCGGCCGCUGGAAGUGCUCGAUCAAGGUUCAGGGCCGGGACUACGCGAUCAACGUGGACGUCAUUGAAGAAGUUAUGAGCACCACCACGAUCGUGGCCAUUUGUAUCGCCGUGACGCUGGUUCUUGGGUUUGUGGGCGGUUUCUUCGCAUACCGUAGGCUCAACAGACGCCGUGUACCCUAUCGCAACAGUGUGGGAUCAAAUGGCGGGUUGUCGCUGAGCAGUUCAAUCAAUACCUGAGUGUUCUGAGUGUGUUUGCUACAGUUUGUCGGUUUUGCUUGGAAUUGUGUAAAUUUUGUGUUUUUGUCGUUAAUAAAAUAAAGAGAAAAACAACACCAAAA